UCAAGAUGGUGGCGGUUAGCCUAUAGGAGAAGUAAUCAAUUGUUUGUCUCAUUUAAUGUGCUUUGAAAAUUUCUCCACAAUGGCCACUCAAAAGCCAGUGGAAUGGGUUUCUGCCCUCAUCACAAGAUUUGAAGAACAGCUUCCUUGCAGAAGUGGACCGCAGACCACACAUUCCCGUAUCAAUGUUGAACAAAAUAAAGAAAGCCUAAUCAAUAUAAGCAAGUACAAAUUUUCCAUGGUAAUAUCAGGUUUAACAAGAAUUCUUCACUCUGUUAAUGAAAUGCGCACACAUGGCCAAAUUCAACAAGAAUUUGAGAAAAACUUUUACGAGUCUCAGUUGAUCGUAUUAGAUACACUGGAAAGGUGUCUUAGUGGGCAACCUAAAGAAACCACAAGAUAUGAUGAAGCAAUGAAUGUUAAAGCACUUUUAAAGGAGUUGUGUCAGUUUAUAGAUAUGCCUAAUGAAAACCCAAUGGUGAUCCAGCUCAAAAACCUUGCUUCAAAAGUUUUGUUUGCCCUCAGCUUGAAUAAUUUUGGGGCUGUUUUCAGUAGGAUAUCUGCCAGGCUUGAAGAAUUGUCAAAAACCAAUGAGGAGAACCCUGAUUUUAUUGACAUUGAGCUUAUUCAGCAUAUCAAUGUAGAUGUGGGUAGACUCAUCAAACUGCUGAAUGAAAUCAACCAGAAACUCAAAUGUCUUAAGAAAAAUGCCCACCAUGUUUUAAUGGUUAGCUUAGAAAAGGCCAUUUGGAGUUGGAUGGAUACAUAUCCUCAAGAAUUCAUGGACCUUCAGAAAAAACCAAAUGAGGAGUUAGCAGAUUGCUGUGAUAGACUGUUUGAGCUACUUGAUAGUUUUGCAGAAAAUAACAACAAGAGAAAAGCAUCAGUGUGGCCACUUCAGAUAAUGUUGCUUGUUUUAUGCCCUAAAAUUUUAGAAGAAAUUGUUAAUGCUGAUUCAGGAGCACCAUGCUCACCAAGACAUUUCAGGAAG